AUGCCCAAGCCGCUGUUCGGCGACAACGGCUCAGGGAUGCACACCCACAUCUCGUUCUGGAAGGGGGAGAACCCGAUCUUCGCCGGCAGCGGCUACGCCGGCCUCUCGGACGAGGCGCUGUUCGCCAUCGGCGGCAUCCUCAAGCACGCCCCGGCGAUCCUGGCGUUCUCCAACCCGACGACCAACAGCUACAAGCGGCUGGUCCCGGGCUACGAGGCGCCGGUCAACCUCGCCUACAGCCAGCGGAACCGCUCGGCCGCUUGCCGGAUCCCGAUGUACAGCCCGAGCCCCAAGGCGAAGCGCAUUGAGUUCCGCUGCCCCGACCCCAGCGCGAAUCCCUACCUGACCUUCUCGGCGAUCACGAUGGCCGCGAUCGACGGCAUCCAGAACAAGAUCCACCCGGGCGAGCCGCUCGACAAGAACAUCUACGACCUGGAGCCCGAAGAGCUUGCCCAAGUCCCCAAGGCCCCCGGCUCGCUCGCCGACGCGCUCGACGCCCUGGAGAAGGACCACGAGUUCCUCCUCCGCGGCGACGUCUUCACCGAGGACGUGAUCAGCACCUGGAUCAACUACAAACACAAGAACGAGGUCGAAGCGAUCAACCUGCGGCCGCACCCGUAUGAGUUCUGUUUGUACUACGACGUUUGA